AUGAAUCUGUUACUUUCCCGUCAUCUUCUACGUCCUUUCCUCUCGAAAGCUUUCCUACAUAAUCAUAUUCAACCAUCUAUAUUAUCAAUAAAACAGUUUUCAUCAGUAUCAAUUAAUAAUCAGCCCGAAAAGCCACCAUCCUCGGAUAAGAAUAAGUUCGAACAAGAAUUUAAGAAAUUCGAGAGAAAUGAAAAGAACCGCCGCAUUAAUAUCGCACUUUACAUGAGUUCAAUGGCUAUUCUUAUGCUUGGAUUAACAUAUGCAUCUGUUCCACUUUAUAAAAUGUUCUGUGAAGCAACGGGUUUCGAUGGCGUGAUUCGGAAAACUGGUGAUGACGAAACCAUAUCAGCGAAUGUUCGACAAUUAGCUCAACGAACUGCGAAAACAGAUCCAAUGCUUCGAAUUCAUUUUACCUCAACACCUUCAGCACUUUUACCGUGGACAUUCGAGCCCGAACAGCAUGAAAUAUCGAUUCAGCCAGGUGAGACCGCUCUGGCUUUUUAUCGUGCAAAGAACGAGUCCAAUCGACCGAUUAUUGGCAUCGCAACAUACAAUGUUCAACCGUCGCAAGCCGCGUUCUAUUUCAACAAAAUUCAAUGUUUCUGUUUCGAAGAGCAACGCUUAGAACCAGGUGAAGAAAUCGAUAUGCCUGUCUUCUUUUAUAUCGAUCCUGAUUUUAUCCAAGAUCCAAGUUUACAAGGUGUUCGCGAUAUUAGUUUAGCUUACACAUUUUUCGAAAGCAAAGGCACUGAACAUCUUGCUCUAAUGGGCGGUGAUCAAUCCAUGGCACAUGUGAGGUUAAAACCAAGUGAAACAUUACCGUACGCACAUCGGCAUAAAGACAAAAUUCUACCGAAUACUUCUUAG